AUGGACUACCUCAUCUACGCUUCUCCCAAACCCAGAGAAAUUCAUUAUGACAAAGCAUUUCCACAAUCUGUCGUCAACGAUGGCAUCACAGAAGACUUGUGGGGUCGAGCCUACAAGGAACUCGCAGUGCGAGAGCCGGAUCUCGUAAACGACUACCGGCGACACAUAGAACAAACGUGGCAUUCUACUUUUCAGACUGUUGUCCAUUUUCCUGGUUUCAACUGA